AUGAUACUCUCACUCAAAAUGGUUAAAGAGGAGAGGAAAGAUGCCCACACCCCCGAUAAGAAGAACAAGCACAAGCCUCGGGCAUAUAGUCCGGGGGAAGGGUGCGGUAGCAAGAGUAUUACCACGCCAGAUAGAUCGCGUAUUAGAAUAAAAACAAGAAACCGCGAAAGUCGGGGAGGGAAAGACAGGGAACUACCCUGCAAAAGAAGAUACAGACAGGAGGCUGCCAGCAACGGCAAGAGCCGGCAAUUGGCAAAAGCUUUCCCAAGACGGCACCUGGUCCAAAACCCCGCUAAAAACAGAAUCAAUAGCAACAACACAACACCAGAUGACAUGAAACCUCCCAAAGAUACUAACCAAGAAACCGACACUAGAGAAUGGAAGAAAUUGAAAAUCAUCUUCCGAAGGAUGAUUGUCCCAGAAAUAGCCAGCCACGUGAAUGCAAACAUCGGAGAACUUGUAAGCACAGGAAAGGCACAGAGCAAGAAGAACCAAGAAGAAGAAGAACUCAUCGCCAUGACCUGGGAGCCCCAAGGCCCAAGCCAAUGA